UCUCUGAGUAAAACCAAUAUUCGCGGCACAAAAUAUUUUAAAUUAGCAAUAAAACGUAUAAAACUAAACUCAGACAACUACAUUUCUUGUGUGCCAGAAUCCUUAGUUUGCAGAAUGUCUCGUUUUCCGAGGAGACUGAAGAGCAUCCUGGUGAUGGUGAUAAUCCUUCAGGCUCAAAAUAUUGCAACAGGAACUCCCCGUGGCGGAAGCAGAAGUAGCAGCUCCAGUUCUAGAUCCAGUCCUAGAUCCAGUUAUGGAUCUAGUUAUGGAUCCAAUUAUGGGUCCACUUACGGUUCUGGGUCAAGACACUCCUACUCUCCUCCAUCCUAUUCAUCUUUGUCGAAAACCUUUUCGCUUCCCACGUUCGACUUGGGACACAAUUUGCCCAAAGGACCUCCGCCGGCUUACUCAGCUCAUGAUACCGUGGGUGGAGCACCCACGAACAUUCGCGAAAGACCGCCGGCAUACAAGCCUCCCAGAAAACAAAUUUCCAGCUCUCUAUAUCACAACCAAUACCAAGGAUGGACUACCUCCAGAUCGAACUCCAACCGCAAUUACCGGGUCAGUUAUAACUGCACCAAUGAUUUUAUGUGCAGUGCCGCCACCAGCCCACACUAUCCCAUCCAUGGAUAUACUUAUCUUAUCCUUAUCUUGAGUUUUCUAUAUGUAUACUCGACUUUAUUGUAAAAAACUGUGUUUAAAUAAACCAAACUUAUAUUGAGCUGUAGC